AUAUUUGUAAACGAGAAUUUUCCAUUCAUUUUGAAAAAAUUUUUGUAUGAAAAAAAUGGGUGUUUUUGAUUUUCUAUACAAAUCACCACGUUCUAAAAGCGGACCUCCGCCUCGUCACCAUCACCAUCAUCAUUAUCAUCAACAACAACAAUAUAGACGUCCUGGUUAUGGUCCACCAGGUUCUACACCAUCUGGCCAUCAUAAACAACGAACAAUUACACAUGUUAAUAAAGAUUCAGCAUUGCCCGAUGAUUUCAAUACACAUGGAAGAUCAUUGUCGUAUAAUCAACGAAAAAUUCGACCAAAAAUUAAUAAAAAUUAUAGUACAAAUGAUCCAAGAAAACAAGAUUAUUUCAAUGAUGUUGAUGAUUUCACUAGACUUAGCCGUUUGGAAAAUAAAAUCGACAGUUAUAUUACCAGAUAUAAUGAAAUUGCCGAUGAAUUGGAUAGUAUACGAACAAAUUUAAAUUUGAUUCAAAAAGAAUUUAAAAAUGAAUAUGAUGAUGAUAUUAGUGAUGGUAAAAAGAAUAAACAUGUUGUUGAAAUUGGUGAUCGUAUAUUGGCCAAAUUGGAUUCAUUUAAAAUAAAUGAUGAUUAUAAUAAUCAAUCAUUAUCACCACCACCACCACCACCGUUACCACAAACACCACAGCCGCCUAUGACCAAUACUGAUACUGUUGAUAAACCAAAUGCAAUAGCAUUAUUACAUCAUGAUCAAACAACAAUGGCCAAACAAACAAGACCUAAAACAUUAAAUCUAUCACCAAUUGGAAAAAUAAAAUCAACAUCACAAUUACAACAGAAUAAAUAUGAUCAAAAAACAACGACAACAACAACAACAAUUACAACGUCUACAUCGAUUCCAUCACCAACACGUGUAUUGGUCACAUUAAAUGGAAUGAUGAUUCCACCUGCGUCACGUCCCGUUUAUACGGUAGCACGUGCUAAAUAUGCUAUAGUUAAUGAUGAUGAUGAUGAUGAAAAUGAUGGUGGUGAUAAUUCAUACAAUACAACGAAUGCCGAAUUCAUUCCUAUAAAUGCUUCAGCUUUUUACACUUCGACUCCUUCAAUGAAUCAACAACAAUCAUCAUCAUUUUCUACGAAAAGAUUAUCACCAAUACAAUCUGUGGACGAAAUAACAACGAUUGAACAUCCUGUCUAUAUAAAUAUGUCAUCAAGAAUACGUUCAGAACAUCCAAUCAUUGAACAUUGUUUACGACGAAUUGAAUUAUUACGACCACGUAUUAUGCAUUAUAAAUCGGAACAUAAAUUUCGUGUAUAUAAAGAAUUAGAUCACGAAAUAUCCAUUUUAAUGAAUGAAUUGAAUGGAAUUGAUUGUUCAAAAGAUGAUACAAUAUUUGCACAAGAUAAAAAUGUUGCCCUUUGUGAAUUACAUAAUCUUGCCGGUGUUCUUGAACGUUCAAUUGAAUGUCAUGAUAAUGAUUGUGUUAUUUGUAAUUCAUUUAUGUAUAAACCAGAAGUUUCUGUUUGAAAAUCCGCAUCCACACACACCUACCUUGAAAUAUGAUUAUUAACCAACAGAAAUUUAUUUUAUCCAAUAAAAUGCAUUGUUUAUCAGUUUCAA